GGGUCACCGUGAAGCUUCAAGUGUCUCUGGCACAGCUAAUAAGCGUAAAUGAAAGGGAACAGUUCAUGACCACCAAUGUCUGGCUCACUCAGCACUGGGUGGAUUACAGGUUAUCGUGGGACCCUGCCAAGUACGAAGGCAUCGACAAGCUGCGUAUCCCCUCCAGACACGUCUGGCUGCCUGAUAUCGUCCUCUAUAACAAUGCCGAUGGGACCUACGAGGUAACGGUCUUCACCAACGUUAUUGUGCUCUCCAAUGGCAGCAUUAACUGGCUUCCCCCUGCCAUCUAUAAGAGUGCCUGCAAGAUUGAGGUCAAGCAUUUCCCCUUCGACCAGCAAAACUGUACACUCAAGUUCCGGUCAUGGACCUACGACCACACCGAGAUUGACCUGAUCUUGAAAGCGGAGGGGGCCAGCAUUGACGACUUCACACCCAGUGGUGAGUGGGACAUCCUGGCGCUACCUGGCCGGCGAACGGUCAACCCCCUGGAUCCCACCUACGUGGACCUCACAUAUGACUUUAUCAUCAAGAGGAAGCCCCUUUUCUACACCAUCAACCUGAUCAUUCCAUGUGUGCUGAUUACCUCACUCGCCAUUUUGGUUUUCUACCUGCCCUCAGACUGUGGCGAAAAGAUGACCCUAUGCAUUUCCGUCCUGUUGGCCCUCACCGUUUUCCUGCUCCUGAUCUCUAAGAUCGUCCCCCCGACCUCCCUGGAGGUGCCGCUGAUCGGCAAGUACCUGAUGUUCACCAUGGUGCUGGUGACCUUCUCCAUCAUCACCAGCGUGUGCGUGCUUAACGUUCAUCACCGCUCCCCCAGCACACACAACAUGCCACACUGGGUCAAGAUCAUCUUUCUGGUCAAACUGCCGGCCUUGCUGUUCAUAAGACGCCCUCACAAUAACUCUGCACGUCAGAGGAUACGACAACAGCGUUGCCUCCGAUCAGGGAGGACAAUUCUGGGCUUGGGUUACCCCAUCACAUCCAAAACUAGUUUCCCCAGAAUGUCUUCUGUUUUGUUGCCUUCAGACUCUGUUUUCUCCACAGAAGGACAUAAAAGUACAAUCCCUACUCCGGGCUUUAGCCACCCCAACAGGACGGGCGAAGAUUUAUCUGCCGAUGUCCAGGAGGCGAUGAACGGCGUGCGCUUUGUCGCAGACCACAUGAUAGCGGAUGAUGACGAUCAAAGUGUGAUUGAAGACUGGAAGUAUGUGGCCAUGGUGGUGGAUCGCAUGUUCCUGUGGAUCUUCGUCAUUGUGUGCAUGGUGGGCACCCUGGGCCUGUUCCUCCAGCCCCUCUUCCAAAGUCAGGUGGUUCACCAACACCAGCAGCCCACCUCCGAGAAGCCUCACAUUUGAUCAGACAGAGUUUUUUUAGCAUCUUUGGUGGGGGAAAAGGCCUUGCAAAUUUUCAUAAGA